GCACUCGGCUCUCGCGUUUGACGUCGGACGGACUGUCGGACGGGUCGCUGCCACACUACUCUCGGAGUCUCGCUUCAAACAUGGCAAACGAACAGAAGAAGCUCAAGUCGCGACUGGCCGCUCUGAAUGGGUCUCUGGACGAGCUACAGGAGAAGCUGGAACCUUUACUAGCUCAGACUCUGCCUGAGUCUGUGGUCGCUCUGGAAACUUUACAACAGGCGAAACUCCAAGUCGCAUUACCCUAUCUUGUCUAUGACUUGAUUUUCAUAUACCUCAAGACGAAAGGAAUAGACCCUAAGACUCAUCGAGUGGUCGGAGAACUCGAUCGUAUCCGUCAAUAUUUCGAAAAGAUAAAGAAUGCCGAAGACCCAGCCAAACGCAAGAGCGCUGUAGAUAAAGCAGCAGCGACACGAUUUAUCAAGCAUGCCAUCACCCAAAUUGAGACGAACGACGCCCAACCUAGCCAAGCGGGUCCUUCUCACAUACGGUUCACCGACAAAGACAGUAAGCCGGCCGCGAGUGCAUCGAUCCCGGUCCGAGUUACCAGUAAAAUGAAGGCAAGGGCACGGUACGAGCAGGAACUCAAGGAGAUGGGAAGCGAGGAGGAAGAGGACCUUCAGAUGUUCGACCACACGGAGGAUCAUGACAAGGCAGCUGACACGGACAUACCAUCGGGGGCUGAAGACGAUACGGAAACAAAAUCUGGACAUCCCUCUAAGCGCAGACGUCCGCAGCUCGAUCCGUUCGGAGGUUAUGGCUCCGAUCACGAGUCAGCAGCCCGGUCUUCGAAGAGAGGUAAGGUUACACUAGAGGAAGCUGCCUCACCAGCAGGCGCCGCCAGCUCGGCUCCUGGCACCUCUGAAGAGGUUGGAGAGCCAUCCGCUUCAAAGGGCAAAAAGAAAGUGAAGAAAUCCAAAAAGAAAGAAAUCCAAAAAGAAAGCUAA